AUUGAUCGUAUGAGCAUUGAUAUUGUUUCGAACCCUCAGAUUGGAGGAUUUCAGUGUAGAUAUCCGGACUGCACUGCCCAACCUUUCCAGAAUCUGUCCCUUCUCAAUAGUCAUUUGAGUGUCUACCACAGCAACCGUCCGCAUCAUUGUCCGGUAAAAGGCUGCCCGAGAUCUGAGGGGGGAAAAGGCUUCAAGAGAAAGAAUGAGAUGAUCAGGCAUGGUCUGGUGCAUGAUUCGCCUGGAUAUGUCUGUCCAUUCUGCUCAGAUAGUGAGCACAAAUAUCCAAGACCGGAUAACUUGCAAAGGCAUGUUAGGGUUCAUCAUGUCGACAAAGACAAAGAUGACCCUCAGUUGAGGGAGGUGCUUGCGCAACGCCCCGAGGGGCCAUCCAGGGGACGAAGACGU